CCGUUUGAUGACGUCAUUGAAGGAGUUUAUAUGAACGCCAUGGCAGCUCAUGCUAGCGAGCUUGAGAUUGCAAAGAAAAAUUUAACUGAUGCAAUUGGAGAUAAUGUCAAGCAUUACUGGGCAAACCUGAAAUUAUGGUUCAAACAGAAGAUCAGCAAGGAGGAGUUUGACAUUGAGGCACGACGUCUGUUGGCACAGGAGAAUGUGCAUGUUCACAAUGAUUUCCUCCUGGCCAUUCUCACACGCUGCCAGAUCAUCGUGUCCACACCAGAGGGCGCAGGGCCAUUACAAUGGCAAAGCGGCUCUGCUUCAAAGCCUGGCAAACCUAAAGGGAAGAAGAAAUGUUCCUCUAGACAGAAAUUUGAUCAUCGUUUCCAGCCUCAGAACCCUCUGAGUGCCGCCCAGCCGUUCAGCCCACGGGAGGUGGGAGGUGAGGAGGAGGAGCUGCGUCUCAGCGCCCACACUCUUCUGCUGCCCACGCGGGGCCAGCUGGAGGCUCGCAUGAUGGUGACAGCCUUUGAGCUGGGCCUGGAUAACAUCACAGAGGACGCCGUCGGUACCAUGAUCUAUGCUGUUGAGCACCACUUGAAAGACGUCUUGACUGCUGUGAUUUCCCGGAGGAAGGCGUACCGGUUACGAGAUGGUCAUUUCCCCUAUGCCUUUGGCAGUGAUGUCACACCACAGCCUUAUCUUAAGAACAGCCUUGCCGCUUAUCACAGUGUGACUGAAUGUCCCCCUCCAAGUGCUUCUCUACCUGCUGGUCCACCACCCCAAGUGUCACCAGAUGAAGCCGAGCAACAAGCUGUUCACUUAUUGGCUUGUUCUGCCGACAGUCUUUGCGCGCCCCUCCCACCAAUCAGCAUGUUUGAUCUCCUGGAGGCUUUACAGGUUCACCACGGUGUGAUGCCCUCUCACACGAUGUAUGCCUUGAACAUGGAGCGCAUCCUGUCGCGGCUUUGGCACCCCAGCCAUGAAGAGCUAGAGCAGGACCACGUACACCGACAGCGGCUCGCUGUGAAGGAGGGAGUGCUCGUCAGCUGAGAACCAUCCACACAGAACUGUAUAUUGACUUUGGAAAUCAUCAGAAACCAAACACACAAAUAAUCCUCAAAUGGAAAUUGAUUGGGUGGGGGGGAGGAGUGUCCAAAAAACUGAAAACCUUGUAAUAUGUGUAAAAUCACAUCCCUGUUGCACAGAGAGAUAAAGGAUAAGUGGAGCAAGAUGAAACAAAACAGUUGGACAGUGGACACAGAGUGGGCCGUCAUCUCCAGCCAGUAACUGGCAAAUUAUUGCUACUUUAUUUUUGGCUGUUCCAGCAGCCGUUUUGGCAGUUGCCCAAGCAUCACUUGGAACUUCAGUUCUAGAGUGAGAAUAUUAUUUGAUGGUCAAAUAUCGAAAGUGUUUAAUUUCAGGAAAUAAAAUAGCAGUUAUGAGUACUGGACAGAAAGGUAAGGCUCCUGUCCAGGUUGCACAGUGUUUAGGUGUGUGUGUGUGUGUGUAAGAUGGAAUAUGUGCUGUUUAAAAAGCCUUAUUUAAUAGACAGGAACAUGACCGAGUUCAUUGUGUUCAUGUUGUCAGAUAUGCCCACAAAUCACCUCAUGUGGUGAUUGAAAAGGAAACAUAACAGCCAGUAUCUAAUCACGUAGCAGUGUGUACUUGAACAGUGAUAAAAACUAAACACAAUGUACUACAAGGCAAAAAAACAGAUUUAAACAUUAAAGCAGGCCCCGCACAUUACACAUAGGUGUUUUUAUUUAAUCUGGCUGAUUGAUGUCAUCACAUGAGGUACCAAUAAGAACGGUGAAGGCAUAAAUUGCCCCGCCCUUAACAGGUGUGAUGGAGAUGUUAAUCAAAAACAGUCUGUACAUGCCCACCCAGUCCUGAGAGAUCCAAUCAAGCAAUAAGUGAGAACACCUGUGUGAGUGUGGAGGAUCUUAAAAAACUACCAGACACAGCUGCAUCCUGCAUCUUACCCUUCUUGAACAUAUGUUGAAAGUAUUCCUGUAAUAUUUGCUAGUUAAAGGUUUAAGGACAGUGAAUAUCCAUCAGUGUUGGUGGUCCACACAAUGUGUGUGUGUGUGUGGUUGUGUGUGUGUGUACAGAUAACUUUUAUGUCUCAGUGCACUUAAACAUGUGUUGACCUUGUUUACGUGCAACAUCUAGUUCAGGUUCAAAUGUGUACAAAUUUGUAUCUUUUUCUACACGAUUUUUGUUUGUAUUACAUACUGUAGCUCAGAAAAUAAAUAAAAACGCAUCUUUUUGUAUAA